UUUUAUCAUUAUUUUGUGUUUAAUAUUGUGUGUUUUGUGUUUCAUUGUGUGUUCUUAUGGCCGUGAUCCAACUUAAUGUAAUGACUACUAGAAAUUCCAAACUGUAAUACCCUCGGCCAAUAACAAUUCACAUUUUGCACGAUUGAAGCCCACUCAGAAAAUCUGUGCAGAUUAUAUUUUCUUUUGUUAAUUAUGUUCUUCUUUUAUUUGACUUCCAUAAAUUUCCAGAAUAAUUGAAUGAGCAAACCUAUAUCUAAAUCGAGAUUUGAAAAUCUAAAUGUAAAUGUAAAUCGAUUGCAAUGCAUUUAUAAAUCUGUUUUCCAACACUUCAUCUUCUCUGUGGCUGUGGGCGCACACUGCGCUGUGAGUGACAAAGUAUAGGGAGGGAGUUGAGGAGAGUGAAGUGGCUGAGGAGGAGGAGGGUGAGGGAGAAUGAUGGGUGAACAAACAGAGGUUUGACGUGUGGGAGAAAAAAUACCCUCUACCCUCUACUGAAAUUGGAGAAAGGAGGAACUCAGCUCUACUCUUAGGAAACAAGAAAAGCAGCGACGCCUCUGAGUGCCGACCACGCUCGACCAGACAGCAUCUCACCAGGGAAAGAACCCCCAGUGGAAACCCUGUAGGAGUGAGCGAGGCAGACGGGCCGGGCACGCAGGCAGUCACACAAAGCCCCGCAAGCCACACUGGCGCUGGUUCAGAGAGCCGCGGGGUGGCGACCAGGCAGUCUGCAGGGGCCUCCAACCACCGACACAGCCUCCUCCAGAGAGCGAGCUGAGCUGAGCAGCACCCAUGGAGAACAGGGAGGUUCCUCCCCCGAACACAAACGCAGGGGAAAGACUUCUCAAAGAGGACCAGAGCAGAGGGGUGGAGGCGGCGAUACCGGGCGGAGCGAGGAGGAGACGCGGUGCACCAUGGGGAAGUCCAACAGCAAGCUGAAGCCGGAGGUGGUGGAGGAGCUGACCAGGAAGACCUACUUUACAGAGAAAGAAGUUCAGCAGUGGUAUAAAGGAUUUAUUAAGGAUUGUCCAAGUGGACAACUCGAUGCUGUCGGCUUCCAGAAGAUUUACAAGCAGUUCUUUCCGUUCGGGGAUCCCACCAAGUUCGCCUCCUUUGUGUUCAACGUCUUUGAUGAGAACAAGGACGGACGCAUCGAAUUUUCCGAGUUCAUCCAGGCGCUGUCGGUCACUUCCCGCGGCACCCUGGAUGAGAAGCUGAGAUGGGCCUUUAAACUGUACGACCUGGAUAACGACGGCUACAUCACCCGCGAUGAGAUGCUGAACAUCGUGGAUGCCAUUUAUCAGAUGGUGGGAAACACAGUGGAGCUGCCAGAGGAGGAGAACACGCCAGAGAAGAGAGUGGACCGCAUCUUUGCCAUGAUGGACAAGAACGCAGACGGCAAGCUGACUCUGCAGGAGUUCCAGGAGGGCUCCAAGGCGGACCCGUCUAUUGUCCAGGCUCUGUCGCUCUACGACGGCCUCGUGUAGGGCAUGUGAGAUGGGUCCAGAAAUCAGUCUCUGUGUUGCAAAAGCCAAUCCGGACCCAUCACAUCAUCAGAAAUCUCCCUCGUUGGUGUUCCCCUGGAGGUGCAUCAUGGGAUAUCAGGCUUCUCUGGGGGUCCUCCAGUAUGGAAUUUGUGUCCGUUACCACAUUUGUACCUAACAAAAACGGAUUGUAAAACGACUCUUGUCUUCGGAAUAUUUACAUUACACAGUGUGCCAACCAGUGAACGUGAAGCAGUGCGAGUAAAGCAGUGCACGUGAAGCAGUGCACGUGGGACACGUUUACAGACACAGUGUUGUGCUCGUCGGCGCACCAGUCCUAGUUUGUUGUACCAGGGACACCCCCAGAGCGCCUUGCCUCAUGAGAGACAUGGUCAUACACUGUGUAUGUGUGUGUGUGUGUGUGUGUGUGUGUGUGUGUGUGUGUGUGUGUGUGUGUGUGUGUGUGUGUGUGUGUGUGUGUGUGUGUGUGUGUGUGUGUGUGAGUGUGUGUGUGUGUGAGUGUGUGUGUGUGUGUGUGUGUGUAUGUGUGUGUUUGGUGAAGAUGCAUGUGAAUCAGAUCCGAAGACCUGUGCUGUGAUGACUUCAUAGUCUGUGGGAGAGACGGCAAAGCUGGAAGCGAGGGAGCGAGGGAAUGUGGACUUUUGUAAAUGGAUGUCAUGUCGCAGAAGAGUAGGCCUAUAUUAUAUUGUAUUAUGUAAAUAUGACUGUGAUAUUUAAGACAAUUAUAAUUCCUGCUCGUAAAUGUUUUAUUUGCAUCAAGUGGGUUCAAUGGAACAUUGUAUUUAUUAUUAUUAUUAUUAUUAUUAUUAUUAUUAUUAUUAUUAUUAUUAUUAUUAUUAUUAUUAUUAUUAUUAUUAUUAUUAUCAUGAUCACCCCCCAAACAUGCACUUAUUUUCCCUUGGGAAAAAUGGCCUCCCCCUUCUGAUUCAGAGGGGUCUAAGGUUAAGGAGGUGCCACAGUUUUGUUUUCCUUCUGCUGUUUCGUUGUGGUGUCGGCUUGACGAGGUUUGGGGCCGUGGCGGCCCCCCCAUUGUUUCAUGGUGUCUCUCUACCACUUCCGUUAACUGACGUCUUAUAGCGCCUAUGGGGUUACGCGGCCCACAUCCUGAACGACCAGCGCUGCUGACACUCAUUACAGCUGAAGCCCCGGCCCAGGCUCAUAGCCUCCAUUGUAAAACAACCACCGCAUCCCACCCUCUCUCUCUCUCCAAACACAUCAAUACUACUGGCUGUAAAAGCUUUUUUUUGCGAGAGUAGUGUGGUUGCAACAGUCCUCUUUGUCCUGUGUCUUGUGUGUGUUUAUAGAAGCCACAGCAUGUGACAAUGCCUCUCUCUCCCUCCCUGUUUCUCUCUCUCAAUCUGUGCCUCCCUGACUCUCUAUCCAUCUGUGUCUCUCUCUGACUCAAUAGGUCUUUCUCUCAAUCUGUCUCCGUCCGUCUCUCUCUGUUACUGUCUAUCUCUUGCUCUGUGUCUUGCUCUGUGUUUCUCUCCCACUCUGAUUCUC